AUGGCGUCGAGCUCAGCGACGCGAUACUCACGGCUCAAAGACCAUGAUGACGAGGAAGCGGGUGGUAGCGCUUUUGAAGAAAUCUUGAUGAAACAAGAGCAAAUAAUUCGUGAACAAGAUGAAGACCUUGUACUUGUUGGAAAUUCGGUUACUACAUUGAAAAAUAUGAGCUAUAAAAUUGGCGAUGAGCUUGACCAGCAGGCUGUUAUGUUGGACGAUUUAGGACAAGAAAUGGAUACGGUUGAUACCAAAUUAGAUAGUGUUAUGAAGAAAAUUGCAAAGUUAACGCAUAUGGACGAUGGUAGUACCAUCAUGUAUUUUCCCAUCGUUUUUUGUUAA